CGGUAUUAAUCAGUUUGUUCAACAGUGUUUCUCUGUGUGGUUGGAUAACUGUAAAGGAACUCCAAAAAUAUCUCAAAUUGGACUGCGUGUGAUUAAACGCAUUCAUUUUAAAUUGCGUAUUCAAGAUUUAAAAGUCUUGGCGGGCAUAAAAAAGAUUGAGUUAAAAUUUGAAUUUCUUCAUUCGCGAAUGGUAAAGGAUAGUGGAUCCUACCUGCAUUACCGGGGCGGUUGUUAGAACUUCUCGAUUGAAAGAGUAAAACGUAAAUCUGAACACGCGAAACGGUCUUAUGGGUGGAUUCUGUGAUUCGUGAAUUGAGCCGGUGGCUGUUGUUAUUUACAUGCGCUAACUGUUUUAAGUGUUUCAUUUCCUACCUAUUCCUCGUGGUGGCUUUCUUUUGUGGUGGACCGGAACUGAGUGAUACAUAUAAACAGUCUUUAAUUUGUCUUGGACAAGACGGGAAUCCACCUUUAUUCGUUAAUAACCUCUACUCAUUAUUAACAUUUGUUUUGAAAGAAAAAUACUGAACGUGAGGGGGCAAUACAACGUAUUAUCGAGUGAUAUUAACAUUCAAAUUAUUUUGCUGCCGAAGUAGAUCUUACUGCGUGACGGAACCGUAAGUGAUAUUGCAAGGGAGAACGUAAGGUUACGUGUACUACUGACGAGAUUAAUAGUGUGUUUCACAAGCUGUCGUUCAAGAAAAUCUCAUUCUGUCGUUAGUGGUACUAAUGUCAAUGAAGACAGGUGUGAAUACUAUAUAAAGGGCACCUGUUGAGGAUUAUAUGUAUAUAUAGAUAUACUGAUAUAUCAUUGAGUGUUAUUGAAUCACUAUUACCUGUGUAAGAAGUAUUUUGGAUAUAUGAGAUACUGGAUGGUUUAAUUAUUAAUUGAGGCGUGUGGAAUGACUGACAUCAUGGCGGCUUUGUUUGGCGUUUACUGGUUAUUAGAUGAAAACUGUGGACAGGUGAAGAUUAAUUUUAACAGGUGCUGAGCAACAGUAUGAUAGUCUGACAGAGUUAUCCACCCUUGCCUAACCAUGUCUGUAUCAAAUCCAGUAGGGGGAUACCCUACUACCGGUCUACCCGGUCACUAUGGUAAUACCACAGCGGAUAUAUUCACUGGAAACGGAAGUAUGGCUGGGAACACUACGGCAUUGUCUGUUAUGACGACGGGAUCGCCAUCAUGCACGUGGGAUCAAGUGCUUGGUACAACUGUUUGUGACGUGAUCCAAGACAACGUGACGAACGCUACCGUGGAGAACGCAAUGUCGUUUGAUCCGGCGGAAUCGCUGUUUGUUACAAUAUUUUUAGGAAUAUUAGCCGGAUGUAUUAGUGUGUUAACAAUUCUGGGGAAUAUCCUGGUAUUACUGGGAUUCGGCUUAGAACGAAGUAUACGACAGCCUACGAACUACUUUCUUGCCUCUUUAGCUGUGUCCGAUCUGCUCAUAGGAACCUUCUCCAUGCCCUUGUUUACCCAGUAUAUAUUGCUAGAUUUCUGGCCGCUAGGAACGUGGCUAUGUGAUCUGUGGCUUUCAUUGGAUUGGACCGUCUGUCUUACGUCACAGUAUACAGUAUUUCUAAUCACGAUGGAUCGGUUUCUCUCGGUGAAAAUUCCGGCAAAAUAUCGAAAUUGGCGAACGGAACGAAAGGUGCUAGUGAUGAUCGCCAUCACAUGGAUUUUACCCAUGUUUGUAUUCUUUACUUCUAUUAUCGGUUGGCAGUAUUUCGUCGGUGAACGCAAAGUGGAAGAGUACACGUGUGAAGUUCAGUUUAUGGGCGACCCGUUGUUCGUGUUUUUAUUAACUCUCGGCUAUUACUGGAUAACCUUAGUGGUAAUGUGCACGUUGUAUGCUGGCAUCUAUAUGGUGGCACUGAAAUUGCAAAGAAAGUCUGACGCGAAACAAAAAAUACUGAAAUCUGCCAUGGAACUAGCCGCUGAUCACGCUGGUGUUCGGAACACUAUCUCUAACAGCAGUGAUAGUCCUGUACCAAAAGCUAAAUCCAAAAACAAAAAAUUCACCGUGGAAAAUAACAAGCCCGCUAAAGGUAUGACAAAAACUACGAGCUUUAGCAAGCAGAAACCGAAAGAUAACGACGACGAUCGAUCAAGCAGUCCCGCGUUUGCUUCGGAUGAAGAGAAUAGUAGUAGCCAGGGAGCUGGGGGCGGAUCUAGUAAAACACCUCUGACCUCCAAUAACAAACCGAAACGAAUCAAAGAACAGGAGGGGUUCAUAAACAAUGCAUUACAGCCCGAUUCUUGUAAGCUUCACAGGUCCCCUGUAGAGUUCCUUUUACCGACUCAAAUGCCGGGGAUUAAUCUGCUCUCUAAUCCAGAGGUACGAGUGGAUUUUCCGAGUGAAAUUGGAACCGACCCAUCCACUCACGUUAUUGACAUUGACAUGUACUCCUCAUCUGGAGAACGAAUGGAGAGGUCCUCCAUCCCAUUAUUGCAAAAUGAAAUUUUCAAAGGAAGCAAAUAUAUCGAUGAAAAGAGCUUCCAAUCAUUAAACUCUGAGAACAUUAAAUUUUUAGUCGACUCUGCUCCCAACGAUACAGCCGACGACGCCGAGGAUCAAGGUUCUCCCGUAUGGAGGCGACGUUCUUCAGUUGAAGGUGGUAUCUUGGUAACUGUUGAUGCACCAUCUGGCCCAGCACCUUUACAGGAUAAACGGGAGUUUAUGUUAGAUGAUGAGGUGGCGGCCGACUUACAGAAAGGCGAUAACGGCACAAGUAACAACCAGGCCCAAUCUCUAACACCCGAAGAUGCUCUGGAAGAAAGAGGUAUGCAACGUUUAGCUCUGGCUGCACGGAAACGCCGUAAGAACGGCCGCCUUCAAAACUUAGUCAAAUCCGUACGUUCUAGAAACAGUAGGCGACGCAAUCGCCGAGAAAGAAAAUCAAAAUCAGAAAAUCGAGCUCGCAAAGCAUUACGGACCAUCACGUUCAUUUUAGGGGCCUUUAUUUUAUGUUGGACCCCAUAUCAUAUUAUGGUGUUAGUAAUUGCAAUCUGUCAAGGUUUUAGCUGCAUCAAUCUCAAGUUUUAUAAUUUUACCUAUUGGCUGUGUUAUCUGAAUAGCCCCAUCAACCCAUUCUGUUAUGCGUUCGCUAAUGCACAAUUCAAGAGGACGUUUAUUAGAAUUUUAAAGUUGGAUUGGCACAGGACGUAGCGUAGCGUGAUUGUUGGUGCUUACAUAAAAACAUACUAGGAAUUAGUGAAACUUAUUUACAUAAAUAUAUAUGUAUGCUAAUGUGUAUUCAAUAUGUUCGUGUUAGUGGUUAAUCCUUCCAGAUUCAUAUUUAUACUGUAUUAUCUCGCCGCGGCACACGCCGUGUUGUAUCGCCGCGGUAUCUAUCACGUAUUACGCAUAUAAAGUGAAAGUGGCAUGACCAUAUAUGAUGUUAAUAGAUAAUUAACUUGUAAUUAGAUUUGUUUAUAUUCUAUGCCGAUAUUAUCCUGUGUUCUACGUAAUAAUGCUCAUGACGUAGCCUCGUUAUAUCAUAGCUGAUAUAAUAUAAUGAAUAUACAAUGUAUAGUGUUUAUGUACAUAGGCCACUUUAUUAAUGACGUCAUCAAAACGUGCUUAUAUUGGUGUAUUUGCAAUUCAUGUGAUAAUGGAAUUAAUGUACGUAUCUUAGAUUACAGUGCUUACAAUCACCAACUCUGUUAUUAUUCAUUACGGUCUUGAUAAAGGGACGUAACUCUAAUCGUAUAAUUACAACACUCCAAAAGCAACGCAUAAUCCUUAUUUGUAAUGUAAAGGUUUGGUGGCAUAAGGAUUUCUCCUAAGUGCACAUGGACUCGUACAGUCACAAAAAAAUACGGCAUAAGGUGUGAUGGCGCUGUGUUCUCCUCAAAUAAAUAAUGGCACCAGUAAAAAAGUACGCAUAUCCAGCCUCUGACACGACAGUUGUCCUGACUUGUACGUCUAAUUCGGAUUGUGAAAUUUCAUCAAGAAAAUAGUGUUAUUAAUUUUUAAAAACAAACAUCCAACGAAUUAAUUCACGUUUCAUACCUAUCAGACAUCGUAAGGAGCAUAAUAUUUUUAGGUAUUUUUGUGAAUAUUUUUUUUUUAAAUCUAAUUAUGUGCUUUUAGAAACGCAUGUUGAUAGUCGUUGUUAACCGCCUAGUAGAGCCAGAAUUAAUAUUGACGAUUCUCAACAUUAAAUAUUAGAUUCUUUUCAUAACGUCGAUGCGACUGCAAAGGCAAUAAUUCCAAGUUUUUUUAAAAUGUUCAGGAAUGUGCUAAAGACCUCCCCUGAAUAGUGCUUGAACAUUGAGUCUAUUAUACAAGCAAUCAUCACCAGUAGCGUGGAGGGAAUAAGGCUCCGCGGGCGGCAGUGCAAGGCAUCCAAUUGAGGAAGACGGGCUUGGCGGAAAAUCAAAAAGUGAAAUUAAAAUUUUGAAAUUUGAAAUUAUCGCCGUUAAUAAUUUUCUAUGGGCUUCUCUAUACUAACCACUUGUUAUCUCCAUUUCUCACAUGCAUCGAUAACCAAACAAUGGCAGGGGGGCGGGGGAUAGAAAACUUCUGGAAGCCAUUGUUCGUCUACAAUGCAACAUUCUUGCAGUAGUAAAAGACACGCUUUCAAGAUAGAACAAAAAAUGUUCCAGAUGGUUGAGAAUGUGUCAUUUUAUGGUAUCUUCUCAUGAUGCACGACAUGUUGGCUUCCAUGGAGGAUAUACAGGGCUACUAUAACUGGACAAAUAUGUGGACAGAAGUAAGCAGAAUUGCUACAUUUUUUUUUUUUUUGCAGCCGCAUUGACAUUGAAACUUGCCCAGGAAUUAGGAUUAAGACAUUAUAAUUAAACAAAACGAACACAUAUUUAAAGAUAUAUUAUGUAAGAUUUAGAUAGAGAGCCAGUCUGAUUAAAACACAGAUCCUAUUUAGUUUCGUUUUUUAUAGUUCAAAAUUUCGUUUUACUUGUCUUUACUACACUAGGGUCUGAAAGAGUUGUUAUAUUACAGGCGUUCUGGUUGACGCGAGGGAUUAGCCAAUGAAGCGGUCUGUUAGGGCGAGUUCUUGUCAUGCGAUGCACUAAACCACUAGAAACGUCAACGCUGAUUGAUUAAUCAAUGUAUGACGUCAUAGGGUCAAAAGCCGCCCGUAAGACCCCUUACGCGACCUUCUAGUACAACCGGUCAUAUCUUCAUGUAGUGUAGGCCAUCGAAAGUAUAAAAAAACGAAACGAAACAUAGAUCUGUAUCUUAAUCAGACUGAUAUGUUCGCCUCAUUUUAACUAAAAUAUAGUCCUUUAUAAAACUUUUGUUGUUUUAAUGUAUCAAAUACAUCAAUAAGAAACUAUGUGCAAAGUUUGGGGUUUCUGGAUCAAAGAUAUUUCUCAUAAACAGUGAAUGAAGGUUGAGUAAAUUCUUAACUUAAGUCUGAGAAUGCUUCGUGAACUCGGGGCUAGAUAUUUUAUAAUUGUUUAUUUGUCGCUGGAAAAAAGGUCUCAUAUUUAAUUUUAUUUUCUUCAGGAAUACCUGUAAAUAUUUUAGAAAAAAAAACAAAUUUUAAAACAAAAAGUAAGCUACCUAUUCGUACUGCCGUUCGAAAGCUAUUCGUUCCAUUUGUUUAAUUUUUGCAAUUUUAAACAAAACCGCAUUUACGUGAUUGACGUAUCUGUUUAUUUAUCAAGACACGGAAUAACUAAAUAUUAAAGGGAUAAUAACACUCUUGCUGGCUUGACAGCUCAAGAAAAAAAAUAGCCUUAUUCAAAGUACUAGAUAUGUAAGUAUCCUACCUGUUGUGUAAAUUAUCCAUUAAAUCCUAUUUUACUUGUCCAAAGGGUUCAAAAAUAUUUUUAAAUCCAAGUCACAUUUGAAAAGCUUUACGUCAGGCUUUUCACAUCAUUUAGUUGAAUUUUUCCAAUUUUUUA